UUGGGUGCCAACCUUUAACGCAAAUUGAAGCAAAAACGAAAACCCCGUCCCGUCGCCCUGAAUAGUCGCCGCGGCAUCAUUUCCGGCUCCCACCAGAAAAGCUCAGCAAAAAGCUCAAAGCCUCUUUUCCAAUCAGCUCUCAACCGAAAUCCAAUUUCAUGUCUUCUGCGCUCUGCCUUGUUCUUCUUCUCUUUCUCAGCCUGCUCGCCGUCACGCUCUCCUCGCCGGGAUCGCGCUCCAUCCUCCGCGCCGUCAACUCCGGCCCCGCCGCCGAUCUCCGCGACUACGCCGUCGAUUUGAACGUCACUAAUUUCGAUGCGGUGCUCCGCGACACUCCCGCCACCUACGCCGUCGUCGAAUUCUUCGCUCACUGGUGUCCGGCUUGCCGGAAUUAUAAGCCGCAAUAUGAAAAGGUUGCAAGGCUGUUCAAUGGGCCGGAUGCUGUGUAUCCAGGGACGGUGUUGAUGACAAGGGUUGACUGCGCGUCAAAGAUAAAUACCAAACUUUGUGAUAGCUUCUCCGUAAGCCAUUAUCCUAUGCUCUUCUGGGGCCCUCCAUCUAAAUUUGUAUCUGCUGGUUGGGAGCCUAAACAAGAGAAGAGUGAUAUACAAGUCAUUGAAAAUGGGCGUACAGCUGACCGGCUGCUGAAUUGGAUCAACAAGCAAUUGGGCAGCUCAUUUGGAUUGGAUGAUCAGAAAUUUGAAAAUAACCAUCUUCCAUCAAAUGCAUCAGACCCUGGACAGAUUGCUCGGGCUCUAUAUGAUGUCGAGGAGGCAACAUCCACGGUGUUUGAAAUUAUCUUAGAACAUAAGAUGAUCAAAUCAGAAACAAGGAGCUCACUUGUUAAAUUUCUUCAACUUAUAGUUGCUCACCAUCCUUCAAGGAGGUGCCGGAAGGGAAGUGCAGAGGUACUCGUGAGUUUUGAUGAUGAGUAUCCACUAGAUGUGUGGGCAGCUAACAGACAUGAAGACCAAGAUGGAAAGGGUGCCCUGGGAAAUGUUCAGAUUUGCGGAAAAGAUGUUCCUCGUGGGUACUGGAUGUUCUGUCGUGGUAGCAAGAAUGGUACGAGGGGAUUUAGCUGUGGAUUAUGGGUUCUUCUUCAUUCACUCUCGGUGCGAAUUGAGGAUGGAGAGAGCUCUUUUGCAUUUGCCACCCUUUGUGACUUUGUACACAACUUCUUUAUCUGUGAGGAGUGUCGCACACAUUUUUACGACAUGUGUUCAAGGGUUUCUAGUCCUUUCAACAAAUCUCGUGACUUUGCCCUUUGGCUGUGGCAUGCGCACAAUAAAGUCAAUGAGAGACUAAUGAAAGAGGAAGCCUCUUUAGGAACUGGUGAUCCGAAAUUCCCGAAGAUGAUCUGGCCUCCAAAGCAACUUUGUUCAUCUUGUUACCGAUCCCAGAAGAACAACGAUAUUGAUUGGGACGAGGAUGCUGUGUUCAACUUCUUGACCAAUUAUUAUGGGAAGACGCUUGUUUCUCUAAACAAAGAUAAGGGCCUUAGUGGGAAUGACCGGACAAAUGCAGUGCUGGAAGAUUUAGUUCCUUCAACAAACGCGAUUGUGGUGCCUCUGGGGGCUGCACUAGCCAUUGCUGUUGCUAGUUGUGCAUUUGGGGCACUCGCUUGCUACUGGCGUUCACAGCAGAAGAGUCGGAAGCCAAGGAGAACCUGGAGCUAAUUUUGUUGCAAGGACAACCCUGGCACAGCCUAUAAGGUGCGCAGCAGGGGGAGAUCAGGGUAUGUAGGAAUUCAGAUACAGCCUUAUACAAGAUGGCCUGCUCAAGGUUCUUCUGUACCCUAUUUAAACUUUCAUUUUCUACACAAUUAAGGGUUGUACAGCUUUAAGUCGGUCUAAUUUUGGAAGAGAGAAUUCAAGAUCUAUGCGGCUUUUAUUUGAAUCCAUUUGUUGCAUGGAUCUUUAGUCAAAGAUUGGAAAAACCAUUGUUGUCAGAGGCCAUAUUGAUUAUUUUCCAUUAUAUAUUUAAUACAGAAGAAU